AUGGCUUUUACUCCAACCGUACCACCAGAAGGAGGUCCUCCAAAAGUGAUCUCUUCUUUUUCACCCGAUGUGCUGUCGAUCCGACUAGACGGCCGAGUAACACAAUUAUGCAGGUCCCACCGUGCGGGGAAUCCGUCAAUGUCUCAAUUAGUUUUUGGCCAGCGUAUUGGUCUCAUAUUAUUCCUCUUUGGUUUAGUGCCUCGGGCGGCAUUCCAGGUUAUUUCGUUUUAAAAAGAAAACAUACGACAAACAGAUUUCCUUGUAAUAUUACCUAUAAUUAGUGUUUAUACCCAUAAAUGUAUUGUUAGUGAUUCACAUCGUAUUAUUUUAUUAUUUCACGUAUAUUGUCUACGUAUACAUAUAUUAAUAUGUACUCUCGAUUACUCGUUUCCUAAGCAUGUUAAAAUAUUGCGUUUUAUUUUCCUGCCUUCCACUUUCAUAUAGGUAGGUAUAACAAAAAAAAAAUCGUUAAUACUGAAAGUUAUUCACUCCGUAAGUAAAUGAACCUGAUAUGGCUACGCGCUCGACAAAAUCGACAUAGGUACCGUACGCAAACACAAUCCUUUUUCCGUAAUCCUCAAUCGCACUUCAUCAUUAUGAAAGAUACUCAGAUGUGUUAUACUUUUCUAUUAUGUAUAUUAACAUUACGAUUAUUUGUAUAUUUAUAAAUUUGUAUGUGACCCUAUGCAAAACGUUCUCCCUUUAUUUUGUGUGGAGUUUUUACGACUUGUGCUUUUUUCCACGUUAGCUGAUAGAUAUAAAUAUGUCGAUAUCUGUUUUUUUUUUCUUCUUAAUAACUUAAUAUACCAAUUUUUAUUUCUCCCCGAAAUCAAACUGGUUAUUCGUUAUUAUUACAAUUGCAUAUAUAUUACCUUAUAGUACCUCUUUUCAGGUUUUUACAAAAAAAAUGACGACUCCCUAUCAUUAUGUCGACAAAUUUUAUAGUUGUUAGGUUACAACACUCUGAACACUCCGGCGUAACCGUCUCGGUGUUCGGUGGGCAAAAAUCCAGUAUAUUUUACUCUAUCGCCUCAGGAUACUGGUAUCUAUAUCCUACCUCAGCGGUUCCCAAAUUAUGACGCACGUCUCCUUUGGGAGGCGCAAGUACUUAUCAGUGGAUGCGUGAGAUAAAUAUUGAUAUUUUUAGAUCAACGAUAAUUUCGUUGAAACGUUUAUCUUAUCUAUUCGAUUCAAAUAUAUUAAUAAUUCAUUUAUUCGCGAGAGCCGCGAUUAGUUUUUUUACUUUUAGAGAUGCAUGAACCAAAAAAGUUUGAGAACCGCCGACAUUAGUAUAGUAAUAUACCAGUGGCGUUCUAAGAAAUUUCUAUUAAAUGAAGGUGGAACAAAACUGUCUUUGAAACUCUACUUUUAG